AUGGAGUCUCCUCACCACAUGGGCAUCCGGGAGCUCAAUGUGAGCAACUGGCACGCUCACAACGGCCUAAACACGUUCAACCACGCCGUCCCCGCCAUUAAAACAAGCGCAGCUUUCUUCACCUUCUUGCGCGCCAACCUGGUUCUGAACCCCUCCGCAAUGUCUUCAAAUCCCAGCACUCCUGUGCUCCAAGCCAUGGGCUCUUCUCAGAAUCACCACCGCCCCGCGGCGCCGUCGCCGUUGGCAAACUCCCAAACCCUCGACCCUCUCGACGACAUUCCCCCGCUAUCUCUCGAAGUCCUCUCCACCCGCGAAGACAAGGCCGAGGCUCUUCACCUCAUCGCCGACUCCAUUGCCCAGCAACGUCAGCAAGCGUCUUUCUCCCUCGUCUUCCACCCCGUGCCCCUCGCUGGCUUGGCAACAGCCCUCGGUGUCGCCUAUCAGUAUUCUUACGGCACCAAAGGCGACCUUGGCAUGGCUCUCACCCUUCUCAGCGGCGUCGUCAUGUCCUACCUCCUGACCAUCCGCUGGGUGACGAGUGGGUACAUUCCCCUCGCCGAACAGAUGAACUGGUCCUUCAUUCGCCCUGCCCCUGACGCCUCUCCGGAUGAAGAGGACCUGGUGCUGGGCACCCGCUUCGGCUCCGAGAUCAUCGGCGCUCUCGUCCUCCGCCUCGAGCCUGCCAGUCCCGCCGCAGUCGCGGGCGGACACAGCCGGCGGAGGAACAAGGCCAGUUUCCGCGGUGGCAAGGGUCUCAUCCGCGCCUGGACGACCAAGCUGCGCUACCGUGGCAAGGGCGUUGGUGCAGACCUCCUUGACGAGGCCGUCCGCAUCACCCGCGAGCGCUGCGGCAAGGACGCCGAGAUUGGCUUCGCGCUCGAGCACGCCAACAGCCAAAUGGUUCUGCCCGAGUUCUUCAACGGGACGUUCCGCAAGCGCGAGCACUGGGCUGCCAAGACUCUUGACCGCGUGCUGGCUGAGCGGGAAGUAAGCAAGAAGAAGAGGUGA